AUGACCCCGAGUCCGGACAACUCAACAGUCGCAGGGCUUAAGUCGCCGGAUUUGCAUUCCUUGGAGCCACCUGACGGUCGCAUUGCGCACACAUUAACUGCCUGCACAAGGUGUCGACAGCGAAAGUCCAGAGACUCCACCAUACCGCGGACCUACAUCGUGUCGCUAAGAGAGAAAGCCCGGGCGCUAGAAAGAGAGCUCGCCGAGGCCGAGAAGGAGAUACAACAUGCUGCCGAUGCGGAGCUGAUGGUGCGAGGCGCCGGGCGCAUACGAUUUAAAGAGAACGACGAGGCUAGAUAUCUCGGCCCCUCAAGUGGCAUUGCCAUGACUCGCUUGGUCAUGGAGAUGGCCAAGCAGAAUACAGAUUCGAAAAGCAUCAAGGAUGUUGUCCCAGAUUUCACCGCCCAAGAGAUCAAAGAUGCCUUUGCGCAAGAAGACUCGAAGCCUACCUCCAAAAUCUAUCCCAUGAUCAGUUCCAUUCCACAGCCGAAUCUACCCCCACAGAACCUGACAUAUAAGUUGAUCGAUCUCUUUGUGGCAAAAUCACAAGCACUCCUUCCAACUUUGCAUGAGCCUACAUUUAGGCAAGAGGUAGAAGAAGUCUUUAAUGGCUCUGCGGAUCCUUGUCAGAACUUCCAGCUACGGAUGGUCAUCGCCAUUAGCAUGCAGAAACUGAGUACCGAAUAUGCUGGUCUCGCUGAUAGUUAUUAUCUGGCGGCCUUGCCCUAUCUGGAGCCCACGCUGAAGCGAAUGGAUGUAAGGGCUUUACAAUGCCUCGUGCUUAUUGCCUCAUAUUCAAUGUUAACACCCACUCGAACUGCUGCAUACUGGGUCGUGGGGACGGCCGCCAAACUUUGUCAAGAUUUGGGAUUGACUGAAGAGGCUACCGUGACAAAAUCGCCAUGUGGGCAACCUCUGAACGCCCUAGAGAUCGAUAUGCGCAGGAGGCUCUUCUGGAUUGUAUCAUCCAUGGAGUUGGGGCUUUCCCACAGCCUGGGUCGUUGCAGCAGCUACAGCGUCAGUCACGACCACAUCAAUGUGAAGUUCUUUGAACUUGUGGAUGAUCGAUACAUUACGGCUGAGGGUAUCACCCCAGGCGCGAAACCCGUACUGGCAAAGUGCAUUGCAGUCCACUUUUUCAAGAUGCGAUUGCUCCAGUUGGAAUGCAGGCGAACGCUCUACUUGAACCGACGAGAGACUCCAGUCGAUGAUCAGGAUCCAUGGUUCUCUCAGAUGUUGGCUAAACUCGAUCACUGGAUGGCUACUUGCCCAAAGAAUGACGAUGGCAGCGGGCUGAAUGUGAAAUGGUUCCAUGGAAGGAGAAACACAAUCAUUAUUCUCAUGUAUCGGCCGUCGCCCCAGAUUCCUGAACCCAGUGUCAAUGCUGCGAAAACUUGCUAUGAAGCAGCCAUUUUCAAUAUUGCCAUGCAUCGAGAACAGAUGGUAACCGGGUCUGUUGACCUGACGUGGGUCUUUGUGCAAGCUCUUUUCAUGGCUUUGAACACUGUCCUCUGGACCCUCUCCUACCCCGAGAUCCGAAAAGAGCAUACUAUCGAGGAAGUUCAAGGCCAUCUUGAUAUGGCCCUUGAAGUGAUAGUCUACUCUGCCGAACGAUGGCCUGGAGUGCAGUCCGCACUGCUUCUCUACAAACGCCUUGUUGCGGCAUGUUUGAAAGCUUACAGCACCGAAGAGUCGUUCGUUGUGCACUCACCUUCUAACCAUCCUACUCCAACCUCUUCGCAAGGGGUUACGACUCCACCAGCCAUGUCCAGUCCAUCAAGCACUACGACUGCUUCCUAUUAUUCUCACAAUCAUCGUGGAGGAAAUGUAUCAACUGCCUCGAGCGGUACUUACUCCAGAGGACAAUCUGCCGACCCUACUUUCUCGCAAGACUCCACCCCACCGGCGGUGGCUCCUGUGCCCCCUGAGUCCUUCAAGCAAACACCAAUGCCAUCAGUCUCCUCUGCCCUUGGGAUGCCACCCUCUUCCGCCCCGAACACGACACCACAUUAUACAUCAGACACCUAUGUCGGCCAGAUUUCGCUCUAUCCCGAUAUGUCCAUUGACCCCAAUACUCCUUAUAACUCGAUUCCUUCAGUUGUCCCUGGUCUACAAGGCUGGGACCCCAACUUCUCGCUUGCGUCUACGACCGCGGGCCAUCUAGCAUACGUCGACGCGUCUGUCGAUCCCAUGAACUGGACCACAUCCAUUGGAGACCAGUACUCUCAGUAUUUCAAUGAGCCAUUCCCAGUACCUUCUUGGCGUGAGCGCACGCUCAGUCAGCAAGAGCAAAUCGAGCUUUUGGCCUCUCUCGAACACGAUAUACCCGAUGUCUCUGCUCAAUUGGUGAAUGAGUAUAAUGCUUUCUACCAGUCAUGA